AUGAAGUUCUCGGUUACCACCCUUGCCCUUCUGGGAGGAACGCUUCCUAUUGUUUUCAGCUCGCCCUCUCUCCAGAACAAUGCGCCAUCAAGCCAAUACUGUUCACGUCAUCCUCGUCACCAAAAGUGCGAAACAUCUUCGUCCCCGGUCAUAAGCAGCACAGAGGUGGCUACAAUAGCAACUUCAACGGCCGCGGUGACCACUACUCCCACCACUUCAAGCACUCCCGCACCGACUCCUCCAGCCAACUGCAGUGCUGGCUCUCUGCAGAUAACUGACUUGAUCUGGGUCAAUGUAUCGAGCAAUCUAGAUUGCCCCCUUGCAGUCGAUCCAGAAGGUCUCUGCUUCACCGGCAAACCAGUCCAACCUGCUGGAUACGGCCCUCCUGACUAUGUCUUUUUUACCGUGCGAAGCACCUUUACUAAUCGAUCAAGCUCCUGUAUUUACCAGAAUCCUGGAAGUGUGCCUGCCGGUGGUGAGCCCGGAAGAGCUGGGAUCACCAAAUGCAGUACCGGCGACCAGAGCUUCAUCUUUUCCUUUAGCGCGGGUGCCAGCAACGGAAUGGGAGGAAGUCAAACGGCAGAAUUGAGCGUGACAGACCUGUUGACAAAUUGCAACAUGCUGUCACGAAAGCUUCGCCCGAGGCUAUGCCAGACGUGUCGAGAUGACCUAUUGGCGCUUUUUGAAAAUGGCUUUGCAUCGUCUUCCACAUAUAAUGUCUACCGUCAGCGGAGCGCAUGGAGCGCUUUGCCUCGUCCACUGUACAGAGGCAAAGGUAUCCGCCCUUUCUCAAGCAAGCAUGCGUCUUCCAACUCCAAUGACGCUCCGAAGCCUCCGUCUGAUGCGGCCUCCACCGAUGCCGAAGUGGUUAGCCAGAUAUACCAUGCGCAGCUCGAGGCGAUCACACAACAACGCCGUAUGCCUAAGGUUGGUGAUCUUAACGAGCUUGGCCUGGAGUAUACUACGGAACGGCUAGAUGAAAUUGUGCACCAUCAGUGGGAAGCUGAGAAUGCUGCAGUGUUUGAAAGUCCAGAAGUUACAGCCAAGGCGACCCAAGGUACGCGACAGGUGAUGGAAAGAUAUGAGCAGGAUCUCGAGGCCUUAGGGAAAGGGAUCGAUGAAAGCUUUCGCGAUUCAUCUGAAACACCAGCUAUACUGCAAGAUGAAGGAAUAGCUGAAUUCCCGACGCAGGGUGAAGGAGAAUUCCUAACAGAUCUGCCAAACCCAGUGCAAGCUUUACGGAAUUCAGAUGCAUCUGUUGCUGAAGUGGUGAGAGCAGCCAGACAAAUGCAUGGAGAAUAUCUACCAGAAGGAGUCUUGUCGGAGAAUGAAUCUAAGACGUACUAUAGGCUUUAUGGAGAGCCCCUGGAGAGGGUGCCGGAAGGUAAAGAAAUAUAUCUUGACGAGGAGAGGGCACUCCACGAACUGCUAAAUCAAGAGGGAGAGACAGUUGCUUAUGAUAGGAAAGGCUCGGAGAGUGAUGUAAAUGAAGAGGACUCUCCGCCCAAUUCCGACAGGAACCAAUUGAAUCUCACCAAAUCUUACAAUCAGCGCGCACUGGAAGUAGCAGAGCAGAUUGGAGGUGAAUUCAGGCCAUACGAAGACAAUGCCGCUACAGAAGAAGAAGCUGUUGAAAGGGGGCACCCGCUGACCCUGGCUGGACGGUUCUCAACAUCGCCUCGAACGAUUUACUUGCCCCAGGAGUCCUUCGUCCAGCCCAUUCAGAAGAUGCUAUCGGAGUAUUCCAACAAUCACGUCAGAGAAAUGUGUGAGCGUGUCUUUGGUGGUCCAGGAUUACCCAACUCUCCAUUGACACCGCGUAUUGGUCGUACCCUCCCCCAGACGUCUAUCCCUCUCGACGCAUCGCAGCACGGUAUGGGACCGAUGGAAGCGAAUGCAUAUGUCUCGGCCAUUUGGCCAAGCACAUAUGCCGCCAUUACUAGCGUACUUGUGGAAACCCGGAAGAGACUGGGUUCACAAUGGCUGCGGGAUCUGUUGACCAAAGAGGGUGGAGCUUCGGUUCUCGAUGCUGGUGGAGGUGGUGUAGGUAUAUUGGCAUGGCGUGAUAUCAUCGCGGCUGAAUGGGAAGCACUGCAUUCCAGCGACGCAUCUCCACCACCAACUCCGCUGGGCAAAUCAACCGUGCUUGCCGGGGCAGACAGCCUACGCUACCGUGCUGCUAGUCUUCUUGGAAAUACCACUUUUCUACCACGGCUACCUGACUAUGUGCAUCUCCGCGAUAGAGCCACUCUGUCCGAUGAUAGACCUGCUGCUCAGCGGAAGCAAUUCGAUGUGAUUAUCGCUCCUCAUACUUUGUGGUCUCUCGGAGAAGAAUGGCAGCGAAAACACCAAGUGCAGAAUCUGUGGUCGCUCCUGAACCCUGACAGUGGAGUCCUCAUCCUCAUCGAGAAAGGAGUUCCCCGAGGGUUCGAAGUCAUUGCUGGUGCUAGAGAACUGCUCCUGAGCAGGUACAUUGCCACUGCAGACUCACCAAAUUACGAAACAAAGCUGGACUCGUCGGAUGAGGAUAGGCUCGUCCAGAAGGGAAAAGGGGUGAUUAUCGCGCCCUGUACGAAUCACGCUCCCUGUCCAAUGUAUCCUGUCCCUGGUGUCUCUCGCGGCAGGAAAGACUACUGCUCUUUUCAACAACGAUAUAUUCGGCCACCGUUUCUCCAACGUAUACUCGGUGCGAAGGAUCGUAACAGUGAUGAUGUUGAUUUCUCAUAUAUUGCUGUUCAGAAGGGUCGAGAUCUUCAAGACACUUCCAUCACUAACGGGCCAGUCACUCAAGGACAAGAUGCGACUGAUUCGGCCUUUGAAGGAUACGAGGAUGCCACAGAUCCGACAGAGACCGCACAGGUAAACGCUCUAACACUUCCUCGUCUUAUCUUACCUCCUCUUAAACGACCCGGCCACGUGACAGUCGAUCUAUGCACUCCAGCAGGCAAGAUCGACCGCUGGAUAAUCUCGAAAUCCUUCUCCAAAACCGCAUACCGCGAUGCAAGGAAGGCAUCAUGGGGUGAUCUCUGGGCACUUGGUGCUAAGACGAGAGUACCAAGGAAUCUGCAACUCGGCGGUGAGAAGUCGAAGAGGGGCAAGAGUCAGAAGGAGAGGUUGAUGAAUAAAGCCAGAAGUAUGGUCGAGGAGAUGAAGGAGGAGAAGCGGGCAGACCGAGCGAUGGAGGCAGAACUGGAGAGGUCUAUAGAUGCAGAGAGUCAAGCGAUUUUGGAGGCUGAAGAUGACGAUUUCGAUGCUGAUGCUGCUGAGAUUCUUAAGGAGAUCGAGCAGGAGAGGGAGCAGAAAAAGGUCGAGGCGAGAUCGCAAAGGGCAAAAUUGCGACAGAGGAGAGCUCCAUCUGCAAACCCGCUGCAAGAAGAGGAUGCUCCAAAGCCACAACCGUUUCAUCAAUCUGCCACAAACCACAUGUCGAACGACUCCGGCACCAACUCUUCAGGAGAGGAUGCAAGCUCUUUCGAAACCCCAGAGUCACUCUCCCCCUCCGACCUCGCCGCCCUCGCAGACUACGCAGCCGAAUCUCGUGCUGACCAGCUAAACAGCCAAUCCCUGUCCCGACUAUCGGGCCACUCAGCGAAGAUAAGGAUGCGGAGGGGGGAGAACAAAUUCGAAGAGCCCGAGAAGGAGAAAUGGAGGGCCGGGAUUGAGAGAAGGAAAGCUGAGGGGAGGGCUGAGAAGAAGGGAAGGAAUGGCAGGAGAUCAUUCAGAGAUCGUGGUACAUCAAGGUAG